GGUAUCAGGACCGGCCUUUACUGAGGUUACCGCUGAAACACGUGUAGGAGAUUUUUUACCGCGGAGCUACUGAAACUUUCUCCGGAGCUGCAGGAUUUUAUCUAUUUAAACCCGUUUAAAUCUGUUUAAAGCCUUUACUGACCUCAGAGUGUAUGAACAACAUAAUGAAGUAUAUUCUGGUUACGGGAGGUGUGAUCUCAGGGAUUGGUAAAGGAAUCAUUGCCAGUAGUGUCGGUACCAUUCUAAAGUCCUGCGGCCUGCACGUCACUGCCAUCAAAAUCGAUCCCUAUAUCAACAUCGACGCUGGAACCUUCUCUCCCUAUGAACACGGGGAGGUGUUUGUACUGGAUGAUGGCGGGGAGGUAGAUCUUGACUUGGGAAACUAUGAGCGUUUUCUGGAUAUCCGCCUCACCAAGGACAACAACCUCACGACUGGAAAGAUCUAUCAGUCUGUGAUUAACAAGGAGCGCCGCGGAGAUUACCUGGGCAAAACUGUUCAAGUGGUGCCGCACAUAACCGACGCUAUUCAGGAGUGGGUGAUGAGGCAGGCCACGAUUCCUGUGGAUGAUGAUGGUGCGGAGCCUCAAGUCUGUGUGAUUGAGUUGGGUGGAACUGUAGGAGAUAUCGAGAGCAUGCCCUUCAUUGAGGCUUUCAGACAGUUUCAGUUUAAAGUGAAGAGGGAGAAUUUCUGUAACAUCCACGUCAGUCUGGUUCCUCAGCCCAGUGCUACAGGUGAACAAAAAACCAAACCAACCCAGAACAGCGUCCGGGAACUGCGAGGACUCGGCCUGUCUCCAGACCUUAUCAUGUGCCGUUGCUCCACUCCUCUGGAUAACUCUGUGAAGGAGAAAAUCUCCAUGUUCUGCCACGUGGAACCUGAGCAGGUGAUUUGCGUUCACGACGUCUCGUCUAUCUACAGAGUCCCGCUGCUGCUGGAGGACCAGGGUGUGGUGAAGUAUUUCUGCCGCCGGCUGGAUCUUCCCAUCGAGAGCCGACCCAGGAAGAUGCUCACUAAGUGGAAGGAGAUGUCAGACAGAUCAGACAGGCUGCUGGAGCAGUGCUCGAUUGCUCUGGUGGGAAAAUACACAAAGUUCUCGGAUUCGUACGCCUCCGUCAUUAAAGCCCUGGAGCACUCGGCUCUCGCCAUCAGCCACAAACUCGAAGUGAAGUAUAUUGAUUCAGCAGAUCUGGAGCAGACGACGCUGCUGGAUGAACCAGUGAAAUAUCAUGAAGCCUGGCAGAAACUCUGCAGCUCAGAUGGUGUUCUGGUACCGGGUGGUUUUGGAGUGAGAGGAACUGAAGGGAAGAUUCAGGCUAUAAAUUGGGCUCGAAAGCAGAAGAAACCUUUCCUAGGUGUGUGUUUGGGGAUGCAGCUCGCAGUGUGUGAAUUUGCCAGGAACACGCUGGGCUGGACAGAUGCAAACUCCACUGAAUUUAACCCGGAAUCUAAGCACCCUGUGGUGAUUGAUAUGCCUGAGCACAAUCCUGGACAGAUGGGCGGAACCAUGAGGCUCGGAAAGAGAAGAACCAUUUUCAAAACAAACUCCAGCAUCCUGAGAAAACUUUAUGGAGAUGUGGAUCAUGUUGAUGAAAGGCACAGACAUCGAUUUGAAGUAAACCCAGAGCUGAAGCAGCAUUUUGAGGAGAAGGGUUUCCACUUUGUGGGACAGGAUGUAGAAGGAGAGAGGAUGGAGGUCAUAGAGCUGGAUGAUCAUCCAUAUUUUGUUGGCGUACAAUAUCACCCAGAAUUCACAUCCAGACCCAUCAAGCCCUCGCCUCCGUACUUCGGCCUCCUGCUGGCUGCAGCCGGAAAACUUCACACUUACCUGCAGAAGGGCUGCCGGCUCUCUCCGCGCGAUACGUACAGCGACCGCAGCGGCAGCAGUUCUCCAGACUCUGAGAUUUCAGAGUUUAAACUGCCCUCCAUCUCCCAGGACUCACCCAGUCAGUGAUCGGGUUUCCAUAUUUGAAACUUGGAGGGAUGCACUGAAGAUUUGGCGCACAAGUUUUUUUUUUAUUGAAUGGUCUAUUUUAUAAUACAAGAUUAAAAACAGGUUACUGUCCCCCAACAUUGGAUUUUCUGGUGGUUGUUAAUCUAAAUGUAUUUGUUAUGUAAGGUACUUUGUUACAGAAGUGUUAUGUUUGGAUAUGAUUUGUUUUUGGGGAGUAUCUGCUCUUAAAGUGCAUGUUUCAUUUACAGUUCAGGACCACCAGUAAUAUUUUUACUUCUAAUCAUUUAAAUUCUAACAUUCUAAACAUCUGGUCCAGUCGAGACUCCUGUUCAUACCUGCUCACUUCAUGUAACCGGUAUCUGGAUUGUAUCCUGAAAGUUGUAACUACAUGCUUUUAUACAUGGUGGAGUUUAGAUUGCUGAAUGCAUUGUGGAGUGAUGGAUUUUUUUUUUAACACGAUGGAUGUAAUGUAAGCUUAAAUAUAAUUUGCUAGACCUGC